AUGUCUGGAAAGAAGGAGAGACUUCUGAAAAAGUAUUUGGAAAAGAAAAAGAGGCAGAGGAAUAGAGAUGAGCUGUAUGCACAGAUAGCUGCAUUAUGUAGGCCUGAGGAGGAUAGAAAGGAACAAGAAAAGUCUGAAAAGAGGAAGCUGGAAGAGGUCCGGAGUGAUUCUGAAGACAUCUCGUUGUCAGUCUCAGAAGACUCUCCAUCUUCCUCAGAAAAUGAGGUAGGCCAUUCUUUACAAACCAAGGCGAUGGAUGUUGGAUGUGAAACCAUGAAAGACUCGAAUGAGGAGGAGGCAAUGGAUAUGUAUUUGUGGGAUACCCACGCAAGAAACAUCCAAGAAGAAGCCAAGAAUGCCAUGGUAUUUUCCGAGGAUAAAGAGUCUUCGGAGUGUGAAGACGGCACUGGAGAUUCUGUUUCUGAAGACAGAAAUACCUACAUUUCUGAAGAGACAGGAAAAGAUGUAUCCAAAGAGUAUGAGACAAAGACUCUUGAAAACCGACGGGAAGACAUCGAAGAGUACAGAAAGACAUUGCCGAUUUACUACGAGAAGGCGGAAAUCAUAUUUACAGUCCGGAACUCCUCGAUAGUAUUUAUUACGGGAGCAACUGGAUGCGGGAAGACAACCCAAAUUCCACAGUUUCUCUAUGAAGGGGGGUUGGGGACAUAUGGAAUGAUAGGUGUUACACAGCCAAGAAGAAUAUCGGCAGUCUCGAUAUCCGGAAGGAUCAACGAAGAAGCUAAUGAGGAUAUUUGUGGAUACAAAAUCCGGUACGAGUCGUCGGUUACUUCUGAAACCAAGAUCAAAGUAAUGACGGACGGAGUACUACUAAGAGAAAUACAAGAGGAUUUUCUCUUGUCAAAGUAUUCUGUCAUCAUCAUUGAUGAGGUUCAUGAAAGAAGCACUAACAUCGACCUCCUAGUCUCUAUGAUUCCUCGGAUCAUGAAGAUAAGAAAGGAAAGAGGAAAUGAGCUUAAGCUAGUUCUGAUGAGUGCCACCGGAGAUGUGGAUGAAUUCAAAGCAUUCCUUGGAGACAUUACUGUCUUUAGAUGUCCUGAGAAGGGAUUCCAGGUGAACACGUUCUAUGAGGAAAGGACCGAAAUGGACUAUCUGAAUGCAGCAUAUGAAAGAAUAAGAAAGAUAAUUCUUUCUGGAUCCGACUCUGGAAAGAGAAGAAAGAUGAAUGGAGAAAGGUCGGAUGUGAUUGGCUCUGCCGUUUCCAACGACAAGUCUGCUUCAAUUCUUGUUUUUCUUAGCAGCAAGCAAGAGAUAUAUCAGCUCAAGAGUAGGCUGGAAGGUUCUGGAAUGGAUUUGACUGCUCUCCCUCUCCAUUCAUCUCUCUCUCGAGCGGAGCAGGAGCUUGUGUUUAAAAAAACUCCGAAUAGGAAGGUAAUACUUGCCACCAAUGUUGCAGAAACCAGUAUUACAAUACCAGACAUUGUCUUUGUGGUUGAUUCGGGGAAAGUCAAGAACCGGAUGGUUGACUCCGAGGGAAUUACAAGAUACUCUGUCGACUUUAUUACGAAGUCAAGCGCAACCCAAAGAAUGGGAAGAGCUGGGAGAACCGGGCCUGGAAUAUGCUACCGACUGUAUUCUGGAAAGGCUUAUGAGAAGUUCUUUGAGUGUAUGGAGCCGCAGAUUUUGAGAGAACCUCUUGAUGGAGUAGUGCUCGGCCUUCUGUCUCUGGGAAUUGGAAAUGUUUAUGGAUUUCCGUUUCUCUCCAGGCCUGAAAAGAAAUCCAUAGCUAGUGCCACUAUGCGCCUCCAAGCACUGGGUGCAAUUGAUGGAAACCUAAGGUUAACAGAGCUGGGGAAGAAGAUGUCGAUGUAUCCUGUAGAACCUAGGCUGGCAAGACUGCUUUGCGCACAGGGAUUUGAGGAUAUAUUUACUGAAAUCCUUGUUCUUGUCAGCUUGAUUUCCUUGGGUAUCGAAGUGAGGAGGAACCACAGCAACGGAAAGUAUUUUGAAGGCUCCAAAAGCGAUCUUCUAGUUCUUCUGGGAAUCUACAAUGAUUUCUUGAAGAGUAGAAAUAGAAAGUCGUUUUGCACAGAAAUGGGCCUGGGCUAUACAACAGCAGUUGAGGCGAUGAAGAUGAUAACACACCUGGCAAAAAUCACUGGUGGUACAGUGGACAAAGUUGGGUCCCUAAACUUGACUCCGGACACAUGUUCCCGAAUAAGAAACAUAAUAUAUCGAGGAUUUGCAGAUCACCUAGCCAUGCCUUUAUCCGGCACUCAUUUCUUUCAAAAAGAAGAAGUCUCUCCAUCGAGGGAUAGCGUCUCGGUUGAAAGCGGGGACUUUGUUGUCUUUGGGAGCCUGGUUUCUAGCAAAGGGAAGCUAUAUAUGAAAAACAUCACCAUUGUCGAGGAAAGCUGGUUUUAA